UUAAAUUGAAAUUGAUUAGUUUGUAUUGGAUAUGUUAUUAAUAAAAUUAUAAAACAAAUACAAUAUUUACUCUUCUGUGAAAUGGCAUAAUGAGAAAGUCGGAUCCAUAUGUUUAUUACGUAAAAAAGCGUUUAAAAAAUGUACAAAUAAGUGGCUUACGAAAGGGGUUACGAUCAUCUACAUUGAAACAAAUUGAUUAUAUUUGUAACUUUGCAGAAGAAAACACAAUCAAUAAAACGCACAAAAGAAUCAUAAUUCCGAUAAUAAUCGUGGCGAUAUUAACUGUGGUUCUAAGUAGUAUUGUGCAAAAUAUAUUGACUGCUAGAUGUCUAGUACCUCUAAAUUACUUGAUGUGGGAAGCGACGCGUCCUCUCGCUGAUUGCGACUAUUGUGUGAACAUUACGAAACCUAUCAUACUACAAAAUGUAACUCGUGGCAGCUUCAAAAAACAUGCUUACACAUCAAAACCAAUUGUGAUAAAAAAUGUUAUUAACCACUGGAGAGCAAUAAAAUACUUCAAUUACUAUCUAUUUAAAAGACUUUAUGAACGCACAAUGGGAAGUUAUGAAUUAUUUGAAGAAGGUUGUCAAUUCCUUAACUUUAAAUCUGACCUUUUUUCUUUAAAAGAAGUCUUCAAUAUGCCUAAGGAAAGAGUAAGGAAUGAACAUGGUUAUAAACCUUGGUAUGUUGGAUGGGCAAACUGUCAUCCUGAUAUCAGAUCAAAAAUAAGGCAAUACUACAGUAUACCAGAAUUUUUACCUGAUGAUGCUGAGUUUCCAGAGACUGAAAAUAUAUUCUUUGGUUACGAGAUUGGGGCUGUAAUGCAUUUGGAUUAUAUUCCUCGUCUGAUGUGGCAAGGGCAGAUAAAAGGCAGCAAAAACUGGUCCAUAGCCCCAGUACCUGAAUGUGAACAUGUGUGUCAUAAAUUUGAAUAUUACGUUGAGCCAGGUGAUGUUGUGCUGUUGGAUACAAGAGUGUGGUAUCACGCAACUAGUAUACCAAAGGGGCAGUUUUCUGUCACAUUGCAGUCUGAAUAUGCUUAGAUUAAGAGUACAAAGUAUUAUGCUGUAAA